AUGGCUAUCGAGUUUUGCUGUUCUUUGAUGAUCAUUUUAGGAUUGGAUAUGAUGGCAUACGAUCCGCAAAGAUUUGCUUCAGACUACCAUUCAAUGGGAUUCCGAGAGUGUGCUAGCGAAGUCGCCCGUUAUCUGACUUCCGUUGAGGGAAUGGAGCUGCACGAUCCGCUACGAACACGUCUUAUCAGUCAUCUCCAGUACUAUUGCGCACAGAAACUGUCGGCAUUCAGUCAGUGGAACCCACAGCACACCGCCUCAUCUAGCUGGGUGCAGAACACACAGUUAACCAAGAUUGAUUCGUCUUCAUUUCCGUAUUCCGUGCCUCAUUCGACGAGCUCUUCAGUGGCGGAGAUGUCGACCGGCAAUCACUUUGUCACAUGUUACUCAAGCGCGCUUUCCCUACCGACAGUCACUUGCCAAACGUCCAGUUUGAACAAUCGUUCCGCAGUCUGUUUGUCCGCCACUGAACCGACGACCAACAUAAGCAGUGCGAUGCCCAUUCAUAUUCCUCCGGCAACAAGUGCCCCGUCCAUUUCUAGUCUCAAUUUUCAGUUCAUUGGCAACAGUCAAUCUGCAGCGCAGGGCGACAGCAGCAGAUUUCUUUACGGUGGCAGAAUUUGGGGGGAAUGA